UUGAAAAGAGAUUAGGGGAUAUCCAACGCCUAACGACAUUGUACUUAAUCAGUUAAAGCAAUUGUACAUUUAUUUUUGCAGCGAAAUACUUGUGUGGGGAGCUGUUUCAAGUUCGAGCGGUUAACCUACUAUUUGUGUGGGCCUUGCUGUAGACGCAAAUCGUUUCCUGUCACCAUUUGUUACGUAAAUGUAAGCUAACGUUGACUAGCUAAAAUGGCUAACUAGUGUAUAGCUAUCAUUUGGGUUAUUUCACAUACUUUAAAGAUAUACGUAAACCGAAGCCAGGUUUAAUAAUCUAGAAGGGUCGUUAGUGGCAAUUUAAAGGCGUUAACUAUAUUAAAGUUAGCUAGAUAUUGCUGUUCUGUCUGACACAAGGUUUUGUUUUGGUACAAAUUAACGUUAGCAUGCUACGUUAGCACUUGCCAGGUCACGCGCUAGACACUGGAUUGCGGUACAACCACGUUGAUUGCAUCAUGCAAGCGUGGGGUGUGCAAACGAUGCGCGCAUAAUGUCGGUGUACAGUAGUGUACAUGACUGACGUUUUUACGAUGGUUUGUUGCUAUGUAGAUUUAAGGUAAGGUUGUGACACUCGACUAAAGUAUUAUUAUUCUGUGAGCAAUUUUGUUCAAUUUCUUCCUAGCCAUAAUGGCUAACAUGGCCGUGCAUUAAUAUCGAAUACCUAGCUCCAAGUACGGGUGGAGGGCAGGCACAUUUCACAAUUACUCUUUCCAUUCCUUGUCAAGGUUAAUAGCUUUUUCAAGUUAUAACACGCCUCCAUCACGUCACAUAAUAACACCACAUCCAUGUCCGGUAGUACAUUAGUAAAUAAAAUGGAUGUUGACAAUUUGCUGUUCUUUAUAUUCAGUUCUUGACACCCGAAAAUACUAAUAUUUUGUUCAGUAUUAGCGGCUUUUGUAGUUGGCUAUGUACCUUUUUCUUAGAGACUAUUGUAUUGCACAUUUGUAUGUUCAACGGGAGGAUAACGUAGUUUUUCUGUAAAUAUUCAAUGUAUAUUGAAAUAAAGCUGCCUAGAAAGAUUACUCUAAAUUGUAUGGAAGUUCUUGAUUGGGUAGAUAAAGGCAAAUAAUUUAAUAUAUAGGCUGCCUUUUUGAAGAUUGUAAUAUUCUGGUGGGCUUAGUGUGUGUGUUAAAAGGCAUCCAUCUCUUCAAUCAGAUGUGUGUGUGUGCGUGAGUGAGAGAGACCUUUCACUUGGAAUUUCAAAGCUGUCACAGUAAAGUGGUCUUAAACGAAGAUGUGUGAUGAGAACUGAGAUACGGAAAACAAGUGAAGCUCAGAACUGCUACCCUGUGUCGGCCAACCUUUGGACUGCACUGCGAUGACAGAUGCUAAAUAUCCCCCGGUGUCCAGGGGUAGGGGGCGUAAACCCUCCUCCCCCGGAGUUCAAAAACCCUAAGAAGCCUGGCCGCCUCACAAUCAGUUGCUUAUACCUGGAAAAGGUUGUCCUCAAGACCCUGUGGAGACACAACUUUUCAUGGCCUUUUAGGAUGCCUGUUGAUGCUGUCGGACUGCACAUUCCUGAUUACUACACCAUUAUCAAGACACCAAUGGACUUGAGCACCAUCAAGAAACGUCUUCAGAAUAAUUAUUAUUGGAAAGGAAUGGAAUGCAUACAGGACUUCAACACACUGUUCACCAACUGCUAUGUAUAUAAUCGGCCUGAUGAUGACAUAGUUAUGAUGGCCCAAUCCUUGGAGAAGAUCUUCCUACAGAGAGUGGCUGAGAUGCCCCAGGAGGAGACUGCGAUAUCUGCAAUCACUGCCAAGACACCAGUGAAGGGUGGGAGGAAAUGCUCUGCUGGUGUUUUAAAGCUGAGGCCCCAGUCUCCUGUGUCGGAGGUGGUGUUCCAGCAAACAGUGACGGUCAUUCCUCCUGAGGCCAUGGACACCAUCCCUCCUGCUGCACAGCUGUCCUCUAAGAUAACUGCUAAUAUCAAGAAGGGCGUGAAGCGAAAAGCUGACAUCGCCACACCCACAGCCUCUGCUCCAGUCACCAACUGCAAAUCGUCCCCCGGCGUUGACACCUCAACGCCCUGUAAGCUUUUCUCCAGGCGAGGCAGUGGUCGGCCCAUCAAACCCCCCAGGAAAGACCUGCCCGACUCCCCCCAGCACCACCAGAGCAAGAGGAGCAAGCUCUCCGACCAGCUCCGCUUCUGUAAUUGCAUCCUGAAGGAGAUGUUCACCAAGAGGCACGCGGCCUACGCCUGGCCCUUCUAUAAGCCGGUGGAUACGGAGGCCCUAGGUCUUCAUGACUACCAUGACAUCAUCAAGCAGCCAAUGGACCUAGGCACCAUACGGAAAAAAAUUGAUCAGCGUGAAUACACAGACGCCCAGGAUUUUGCUGCCGAUUUCAGACUCAUGUUUUCCAACUGUUACAAAUACAACCCACCCACCCAUGAGGUUGUCAUUAUGGCCAGGAAACUCCAGGAUGUGUUUGAGGCACGCUGGCUGAAGCUUCCAGACGAGCCGGUGAAGAAGUCUGGGGGUCCUGGAAAACACGGCCACCACGCGGACAAGGGAGGCAGAGUGGGAGGACCCGAGAGCUCCCCCAGCACUGGCAGCAGUGACAGCGAGAGCUCAUCAGAAUCAGAGUCCUCGGAGGAGGAGGAGGUGGAGGAGGAAGAAGAGGCCAAAGCUUCACGGCUGGCUAAACUAGAGGAACAGUUAAAAGCAAUGCGCGAUCAGCUGCAGAGACUAACCCAGGAGCCCCUGCUUAAACCAAAGAAAGACAAAUCAAAGAAGGAGAGAAGAAAAAAGGAAACCAGUUAUAGAGCCAAGCAUGAAGAAAGCCUGAAAUCCAAAGUCACGAAGAGGGCCACUGACAAGGCUACGCCUGCUGUGCACGGCAAGAGGAGUAAGACAGGACCCCCAGUGGUGCCCUACGAGUGUGAGGUCGAUGGGGUGCCGGCCAUGCCCAUGUCGUACGCUGAGAAGAGGCAGCUUAGUCUGGACAUCAACAAGCUGCCAGGGGACAAGCUAGGCAAGGUGGUGAAUAUCAUCCAGGCCAGGGAGGCCUCGCUCAGAAACGCUAACCCUGAGGAGAUAGAGAUCGACUUUGAGACGCUCAAGCCCUCCACGCUCAGGGCCCUGGAGAGCUUCGUCAUGACAUGCCUCAGGAAACGGCCCAAGAAACUAAACCAGAAUAAGCCGGUGAAAGCCAAAGGAGAGAUGCAAACUGUAAAGAAGCAGGAUGCAGAAAAACCUCUCCAGAGUUAUACUGAGGAGCCCAGCUUACUGGCCAAGAAGAGAAAAGCAUUGAGUGAUUUUCCCAUGGCUGCUCCGGUCCCAGACCUGGCCCGGCCAUGCCAUCUCACUGACAGCAGUGCUUCCUCCUCCAGUUCCUCCAGCUCCAGCAGUAGUAGUGAUUCUAGCACUUCUGAUAGCAGUGACUCUGAAUCAGUAAAGAAAACUAAGAAGAAAAAGAAAUGGAAAGAGAAUCCUCACAAGGUGAAGACCAAGAAGUCCAAAAAGAAAUCUGUGAAGAAAACCCAGUUGAAGAAAGAGCUAUUGUCUGAGUCCUCUCUCCAGACCAGUCAGACCCUGCCUACCUCUGCCCAUCUUGCCCCAGCCACAGUGAGCGAAGGCCAGUCUACACAGGAACAUCCAGGCCAGCCUCCAGAUCUGCUCCUGUCACCCCCAGCCUUACACAGCCAUCUGCCACAGCAGCCUUCCAGACCUAGUGCCAAAGCAGCACCACUACCUCGCAAAACCCCUGUGGCCCCCCUGCAGUUCACUGACAGUCAGCCUGGCCAGCAGCAGGAUCCCCUGGCCCCCGCUGAGAGCCCCAGCACCUCCCUUCUCUCACCUCUCUCCUGUGACCCCGCCCCGACUCCGCCCGCAGACCCAUCAUUCCGCACAACACACCAACCUCCCUCCAGCCUCCUCUGUUCCCCCCGGCUCCCGCCCUCUCCCCAGACCCCCCCCCCCUCUUCUCCGUGUCAAUCCCCAGCCCAGACACAGGAGCCAGAAACUGGGCCAGUCUCACUCAAUCCAACUGAUAGGGCACAACAUGAAGGUCUGUGCACACUGCUGUCCCCUCUGACCUCUCCUCCUGCACUUUUACUACAGGCUUCUGGCGGCAGAUACGAGCUGCCGAGCCCAGAGCUGUUGUCCCCUUUUCAAGACCAACCAUUACAGCCUGUGAGGUAUGACAGCAGGCCCUCAGAUUCAUUGGGGGAAACCCACUUCAGGAUGCUGCAGAAACCGCCUGUUCCCAGACACUUUGACGGUGUGUUUGAAAGUUGCAACACCACACUCUCUCACUCUGCUAAUAAACCCACAGCAGAUGGAAAAAACACACCUGCUAAAAAGGAUAUUAUUGUGAGGAAUGCGGAUUCCUGGGCUAGUUUGGGGAAGAUGGCCAUUACCACUCCCUCCACGGUGAAGUCCUCGAAGGAGAGCUUUGAUAAGUUCCGCAGGGCAGCCAUAGAGAAGGAGAGGGAGAAGGCUCUUAUUCAGAAGAGGAUGCAAAUGAAGGCUUCGGGGCAGAGCAGCCUGACCAUUCCAGUAUCAAUGCCAGUACCAGUACCACCUAAAGCAGCUGAUCCAGACCCCCUGCCAUGUAGAGCCCCAUCCCCGGAGCCUGCAGAAAUCCCCCUGCAGACAGAGGAUAUCCUGGAGCCCUCGCCUCCUAAAGCCCCAGAGCCUGGGAGAGACGAUUCUCCAGCGGCUGCCUCAGCCCGUCCUCCUCCCCUUACCACCCAGACCUCAGUAGACAGGGAGAGGGAGAUGGCCCGGAGGAGAGAACAGGAGCGCCGCAGACGAGAGGCUAUGUCUGGUAUCAUUGACAUGACAAUGCAGAGUGACAUCAUGGCAACGUUUGAGAAGAACCUGGACUGAUAAAGCAGCGGGCUGUGCCACUUGUGACACUGGUCUUCUGUUGUUGGACAGUAAAAAAACAGACGUGAGCUUGGUGUUCUAAUAAACACACUUGGCUCUUUCACGCCCACCAGACAAUGGCUGUCUAAACCAAUCACGCUGCAUCUAGAGUAAGGAAACGGGUUAUUAUGAAUGUGUCCCAAAUAACACCCUAUCCCCUAUGCAGUGCACUGCCUGUAGGCUCUGGUCCAAUGUGGUACACUUAGGAAUAGAGUGCAAUUUGGGAUUGAGCUAUUCUUCUUACUAGGGGAGGCUUGCACUGUAGCAUGGCAACGUCACAUUACAUAACCUAAGUCAGUACAUUUUAGUAUUGUCAACUGGAAAAAGAUACUGUAAGUUGUAAAAUAUUGAUAUUGCAACACAAAAAAACAUGCAAAGAUGGAGUUUGCCUUUUUUGUAAUUGUCGUAAUGGUUUGUAAAUACCUGCUGCACUGAAGUAAUACUUAAUUAGAGAAAGACUGAGUAAAAAGAUUAAAAUGAAGAGCUGUUGUAAAAAAAGAACAUUUAAAUGUUACCGUUUCUUUUCUCCCACGAAUGCAUUGAGUCCUUCUCACCUAGGGUGAGUCCCAAAUGGCACCCUAUUGCCUUUAUAGUGUAUUCAUUUUGAAGAGGGAUAUUAUGGUGCCAUGUAGGACCAUCUACUUGGUGAGUCCUCCUAUGACUGCAGUACACAAAAGCCUGUUUACACACUUACUCACAUUCCAACUCUUUGAUUUGGUUGAAAUGUAUAACCUGACCUUUUUGUUUUUGCUACAUUCUCAAAUAGUAAUUUUAUUAUGUAUGUUUAUCCAUGUACUGUAAAGUUUAUCUAUAGUUAAUUACUUGUUCAUACUUCAUUCAUAGUCACACUUCUGCACCUUUUGUGGUAAAAUCUUCAAUAUGAUGCUCUGAGCUGUACUGUACAUGUUGUAUUAAGUAUAAAACAUCUUUUUUAAGCAUUUCUGUUCCCAAAUGUGUGAACAUAAAAUAUUUUUGUUUAUCUGCAUAAAAUGUUACUUAGUAUUUUGUUACACAGAGGCAUGGGAUGUGUCAGUCUUUGGCAAAAUGCCAGUUUCAAAUGUGGGACGUAUUUAAAAUGAUACACUUAUGUUGUUUAAUUUUUCACUUGAAAGACGUUUAAGUGCCAUAUAGUAAUGUGCUUAUAGCUAACUUUAGGCAUUGUUGAUGCCUAUAUUGUGUUGGCCUUUUCUAAUCAAGAUCCUGACUGUAAACGUUUGGAAGUUAACAGUGUAAGUCUUUGUUAAUUUUUUUGAUCCUAUGGUUCUAGCUAUUCUGCUGUGUUUUCUCUUUGAUUAUGAACAGUAGCACUUUAUUCUGUAUCUUGUGGUAUGAGUGCAUGUCAUACCAUAUAGAGAAAGAACUAAUAUAAUUUUGAGAUCACACUCUAAAAGCUAAAUCAUUAAAAUAUUUUCAUUAAAGCA